AUGCCCGAAUCUGUCAAGUCCAGCCCUUUCACAAAGCCUAAGCUAGAACUGAAAUUUGGCACUGAAAUACCAAUCUCCCGCCAGAAUGCAACAACAUGCAAGCGCAGAUCACCUUUGAAGAGAUUUCAUCUAUUCCCUAAGCUCCCCACCGAGUUGAGGUUUAUGGUAUGGCACUUUUCAAUCCCCGAAAGUCGCGUCAUCGAGGUCUUGUGGAAUUCUGAGACCGGCAGAUACUACACCGAUGCUCUGCAACCCUCCCUUCUUCAAGCAUGCAGAGAAUCCCGCAAUGAAGGAAAGAGAGUAUACCACGCCCUAGAGUUGAAUUUGGACGGGGGAUUUAUACCUGAACUUGCCAGAUAUGAUCUGAGGGCUCUCCAAAGAAUGAGCAGCAGGGAACCGUUUCGCACCUACAUCGACUGGAAGCGGGAUCACCUCUCCAUGAACGCUGAACAUGUGGCUAGUAGGUUGGCUCGCGCUCACUUCAUUGCCCGUCUCAGCCAGUCCCCGAAAGCCUCAGCAAAUCUUCGGAGCAUUAUUCUCGAUGCCCGGGUAAUUGAGUCGAAGAGGCUUUAUAUUCCUCAACCGGGUAGUCCCCGUAUCAGGGGAACUUUUUUCAUCUUGCUCAAUCUCUUAGCAAUGUCAAAACUGAUGACUAUCCAUGUGACUUCUUCACCUAGCCGUUGCUAUAAAUGCAGAGGGGGUAUUUCAAGAUGUCACCGACGAGUUCUAGGAAUCGAUUCUAUGGGAAUAGAAGAAGGGCAGGCUCUAGAGCACUAUUGUGAAGAUGUUCUUGAGGUAUUCGAAGAGUGGAAGGAAAAAAAGCUCGGUGUACAACUCUCCAGAGCCAUGGCAUUGGCUGGAUCAAUCUGGGGUGUACGUAAGCCUGAGAUGAUACCAGAGUUCAUUCUGCUUGAGCUUCUCAGAGAGAAGAAGAGACGGUAUCGACCUGGGCCGUAUGGACUAAGUCAGCGCCGCUGGGCUUAG